UCCUCUAAAUUGUGCAUCGGAAUCCUGAGAAAAGGCGGGUUUGUCGUUGCAUUGUGCACCUAUCUGGAGAGACUCUUUGAGAAGGUGGGUGGGCAUGCUAAUUAAAAACAUUGACACAAUGAGGGCAAAUAGGGUGGCGCCAGACUCCUCUCGCUCUGACAUAUAAGCCAGGUGGCGUCAGUUCAGCACCUGAUCCCGGCCUUCCCAAUAGCAGAUCUUCAGCGGACUGCCCAGGGCAGACCUCAGGCUGAGGUUUAUGAAUCUCACCGACAUUUCGUACUUCACUGGCGUGUGCACCAUGACUGCCGAGUCCCAGCAGUCGCCCACCGAAGCCUCCUCCGCCUCGGAGCCCCUGGAGAGCUCUGCGGAUCUGUCAUUGGAGUCCCCGGAGAAAGACGAAGUGGUGAUGGUCAAAUCGGAGCCGAGAGGCGGCACGCCGGUCGCGGACAGGGAUGAGGAGGAGGCUGGGGAUAUCGAGGGACAGAUGCCGACUUCUGGAGGGCGAAGGCGGAAGCGUCCGAUCCAGCGUGGUAAGCCCCCAUACAGUUACAUAGCUCUGAUCGCCAUGGCCAUCGCCAACUCGCCAGAAAGGAAGCUGACCCUCGGAGGGAUUUAUAAGUUUAUAAUGGACCGUUUCCCAUUCUACAGGGAAAACUCGAAAAAGUGGCAAAACUCCAUCAGGCACAACCUCACGCUCAAUGAUUGUUUUGUCAAGAUCCCCCGUGAACCUGGACGCCCUGGGAAAGGCAACUAUUGGACGCUAGACCCGGCAGCUGAGGACAUGUUCGACAACGGGAGCUUUUUGCGUCGGAGAAAACGCUUCAAACGAUCAGACAUCACCACGUACCCAGGCUACAUGCAGAACUCCAGUGCCUUCACCCCGACUCCAGUUGGGAGGCCAACCUACCCCAAUGCACUCUACCCCAGCGUGGGAUCGGCCUACAGCCCUCAAGCCCACGGCAGCAACCACCACCCGGCCAUGCUGCAUCACUACCAGAGCUCGGCAGUUACUCAGGCCCAGCACAGGAUGUUCAGCAUUGACAAUCUCAUCAGCCAGCAGUCCGUUUUGCAGGCCUCGUCUGCGAUCGACUUAAACUCACACUUAACCGGAGAACUGGGGCCAAUGGUCAGUUGUUCCAUUGGCGGGGCGGAUGUGUCGAGUUUCCAGUCACAGUCUACAAGCCCCACUGGGAUGGGAGCCGGGUUAAACAGGUCUUCUAACAGCAUGACUUCUAAUGCAACCUAUUCGUAUUCCACAUCCCCUCCCCAUCUAUCUAUGCCCCAAGCCAACUACUCUCCCAAUAAUACCCAGAUGUACUGCCCCUCGAAUCGUCUUGCCAUACCGUCCAUGAGGCCCAACUCAUGCAACGAUCACACUGACCAGCUUUUGGGUUUACCCAACCAUCAGAUGAACGGAUUUGCACAGUUCAAUGGCAAUAAUUCGUACAUGCGACAAACAAACUAUGCGCCCGGUCUUGACAGAUUCAUGUAGACGGCGUUUUAAAGGAGUAAAGCAGCAAACCCAUGUUACUGCUGUGCUACAAAGCAAUCAAGGUUAGCUCUUUUACAUAUUUAUAUUAAGCAACACCGCCAACGCUCAUAUUCCCCAACUCUUAUGUAAAUAUUUGUACAAUUAUGUAUUUUAAUACACUUCUGCAUUUCUAGUUAUCGUUGUAAGAAUGUAAGUUUCAAUUCAAUUUGUAUUUUGUCUAUGAACGGAAGAGAGUCCUCUACGACAAACAGCGGGCUCGCGUUUAAAAUGAUCAAUAUGUCCCUCUGCCUCGGAGUUGAAACGAGGCAGGUUAACCGUGCACCUUGCGGUACGUUUGUAUUUCGGGGGAAAGUGUAAAUCGUGUAAUUUGUACCAUAGUUGCUUUAGAUGGAAAAUACCGGAUUUGUUCUUACCGGAAACGAAAAUAAAACAAUAAAUAAUGACUUUUUUUACUUGCAAAGAAAUUGUCGUUUCUUUUGUUUGGAAAACGUGUCCAAAUAUAAACUAUACGCGGAACGUGCAGUUUUGUGAACCAUGCAUAUUAAACAUCAAAAUUGCACUGAAAUGAAAGAAAACGAAAGGCUCGCUGUAAUAUCUGCCUUUUGUAACGGGACUGUAUUUUUGAAAGCCCAAACUUAAUUAGCAACAUUACGCAUUAAAUACAACAAAUCUGACCUUAAGAGUCCCGACCCGAAAGGUCACCUAUCCAGUUUAGUUUUAGUUUGUUGUCACAUGUACUGAGGUACAGUGAAAAUAUUUUGUUGCCUGGCAUUUUCUCCAGAGAUGCUGUCUGACCCAUUCAGUUACUCCAGCAUUUCGGGUCUAUCUGUGCUUUAAAUGUCAGUCCGUGUGUAUUUAUGACUAGAACGUAGAAUAACAGAAUAUAACAAAAUAAAUGAUAUAAUAAGUAAAAGGAAACAAUUUACACCAGAAAUAAUUGGUCCCGUCUGAUGGGUCCCGGUGCGAAACGCUAUCUCUCUUUUCCCUCCACAGAUGCUGCCUGACCCGGUGAGUUCCGCCAACAUUUUGAGCUUUGCUCAACGUUCCAGAUUCUGCAAUUUAAUGUAUCUCUGAUGUAGACUCGUGUUCGUUUUAUGAGGUAACUAUUUGAGAAAGUUUAACAUUGUUGUCAAAUUGCGACCAUGGAAUCAGCUUCAAAAGUGCGCGAGGAGGAACUGCAGGUGCUGAUUUACACCGAAGAUAGACUCAAAACGUUGGAGUAACCUAGCGAGUCAGGCAGCAUUUCCAGAGCUGAUAUUUCGGGUGGAGACUCUUCUUUAGACUCGCUUCAGGAAUUGUGGAGGCAUUUGUGGUGAGACGAAGAAUGGUCUCGACCCGAAACGCACAUAUUCCUUUUCACCAGAGUUGCCCCCUGACACGCUGAGUUGCUCCAGCAUUUUGUGUCUAGCUCCAACAAAUAAUUGGGAAAGUUUGGACAGCUUUAGCCCAGUGAUCCAAUUAGGUCCAGGUCGAAAAUCUAUGAAAUGGUGUACUUUCAAUCAUAUCAUUAUGCAUUUACUUGAUAACACCUAACUAAAACGAAUCUGAAAUAGUUUAAAAUGUUCCCAGAUUGCCUCGAGGGUGAAUACUGUGAAACGCUCAGAAGACUCUCGAGGAAGCUAAAGACUAUCUGGUGACUGACAGUAACUUAUCACGUCGAGCUGCAGUGUCAAGGGUUAUAUCAAAGCUCCUCAAAAUUAAAUAAAAAAUGGUAUCUGGUAACAUCCGAGCACCAGAGUAAAAACAAAAACACGCAGUCUAUCAAAAGAGAGCAUUUGAUGAUGUACAUUUUAUUACUUUAACAGUAUGGCUUUGAAAUGGACACAACCUGAACAGGAACUUAUUUUACUCUCUCGUUGUUGGGAUUUCCAAAGCUGCAGGAAGGGAGUUUGAUGAUCCUGGGAAAACAUUGUGUAAUGAGUAUCUUUAGAUAAAAGAAGGAGGCGAAAUACUGUAACCACACGAUUGCCUGGCACGCCAAUUGUUCAUUAUUUUCUCGAAUAUGAUCGGCGCUAGAAAAACGUGACGUAUAUCAAAAUUUUCGUCCUUGUUUUCAAAUUCUCAAACUGCCGAUCAAUCUGGCAACAGAUAAACUUGGCAAUAACCCGUGGACCUCGAUCAGUAUAACAUUCAAAUAAAAGUUGCAGAUAUUAAUAUUAUUAAGUUAGAUGCUCUUGAAUUUAAAGUUACUUUAUUCGGUUAGCUAUACAAAUCAGACGAGGUAUGCAAUAUGAUUAGAAGUUUGCCAAAACUGUGACCUGCUUUGCAUAAAUCUAUCUUAGCCAUCUAUUUCAUUUAUUGUUUGUCUAUUAUUAGAUAUGCACGUUUACAAUCCGACCGCUUAUUCAGUGCACUCAGCGAAGAGACAGAAAGUGCGUGCAUUACUGAAGGUUUUACUGAGGUAACAGCUCUUAGUUCUGGUUUCACCUCAAGUGGUUGUGGAGACAAGGCCGCUCAGAGUGUCUGACUGGGGCUCCGGUAUCACCGACCAGCAUCUCCAGUGGCAUUACUGGCCGCG